AUGGCACCGAAGCGUCCAGCGUCAUCUACGAGUAGUCCUAGCUCAGCGAAGAAGCCCAGGGCGAGUACCAGCUCUGGCAGCAAGAAUGCUCGCGGCGAUCUCGGGGACAAGGCAACGGCCGCAGAGCUGUCUGAGGGUCAAGCCCCUAUUUUGCCAGAGCUUCUGGAUGUGAUGAAGGAGAAGCAAGUCGAUCCCAAAGGGGACGUGAUAGUGUAUAGCAUGCGCAUGAAAGAUCUGCGCCUGCGCGAUUCGCGAGGUCUCAGCCAGGCCAGUGCGCUUGCCCAGGAGACCAAGAAGCAUCUCGUCGUGCUCUUCGUCAUAGCGCCUGGCGAUUACAAAGCUCACGAUCGCUCUGCACGUCGCAUCGACUUUGUCUUGCGUAAUUUGCGAGCUCUCAGAAAAGACCUUAAGGACCUGCACAUACCACUCUACACUUUCACAGUCGACCAGCGGAAGGAGGUGCCUCAACGGAUCAUCAAAUGGUGUAGCACAAUUCGCGCUUCGCAUCUGUUCGGCAACAUAGAGCACGAGGUAGACGAGCUCAGACGCGACAUUGCAACUGUCAAAGAGGGCGCCAAUGCCAACAUCGACGUCUCGUUCGUUCAUGAUCUCUGUGUCGUGCCGCCUGGUACAAUCAGGACUCAGCAAGGCAAGCCUUACUCUGUCUUUUCGCCUUGGGCGCGCAAUUGGACUGCUACAGUAAAGCAAAAUCAAUCGAAAUACCUUGAUGAGUCGCCCGAGCCUGCGGCGAACGACGAAAGCAUCUACAAACACGACACCUGCGCUGAUCUCUUCAAGACGGGCGAGAUUCCCGACUACGUAGAAGGCUUCAAGCUCGACGAGGAGGACGCCAAGCGGAUGCAGACAAUGUGGCCAGAAUCCGAGAAGACUGCACACGAAGUGCUUGACCGCUUCGUUGCGUACAAGACCCGCGAGCAUGGUUUCGAGUUCGAGCCAAUGGCCAAGGGCUCAGAGCAGGCUUCUGGGCCUGGCGCCAAAGAUAGUCGCCUUGGCCAAUACGCAGAGAAUCGCAAUCGCCCUGACAUUGAUGGGACGUCUCGACUAUCGCCCUACAUUGCUGCUGGCGUCAUCUCUGCGCGCGCUUGCAUCCGAAUGACCUUGCCAUUCAAUAAAGGCAAGCUCGAUGCAGAGCGAGGCAGCAACAUUGGCAUGUGGGUUCAGGAGAUCUCCUGGCGAGAUUUCUACCAAGAUGUUCUGGUCGCUUGGCCACGCAUCUGCAUGAAUCAAUUCUUUCUGCGUAGGUAUGAAGCCGUCAAGUGGGAACACGACGAGGAGCUUUUCACGGCAUGGAAGGAGGGACGUACCGGCUAUCCUCUCGUUGAUGCUGGUAUGCGUCAAGUCAAGCAGCAAGGCUAUAUGCACAACCGCGUACGCAUGAACGUCGCCUCCUUCCUCGCAAAACACCUCAUGAUGGACUGGCGACAUGGCGAACGCUGGUUCAUGCAGAAUCUGAUCGAUGGCGACUUUGCCGCCAACAAUGGCGGCUGGGGAUGGUCAAGUUCAUGCGGAACAGAUCCCCAACCUUACUUUCGCAUCUUCAAUCCCACUUCGCAAUCCGAAAAGGCGGAUCCAACGGGCGAUUACAUUCGCUUCUUCGUGCCUGAGCUCAAAUCGCUCAAAGGCAAAGAGCUGUACGAUCCCCAUGGCAAGCUGAGCGAUGGUCGCUUCCGUGCGCUCAAGUAUCCUGCACCAAUCGUGGAGCACACCAAGGCACGCGCUCGUGCCUUGGCCCGCUUCAAGGAGCCUGGCUCUGCUGCCGACGCUUAG